AAAGAGAGGAGGCGGUAGAUGUUUUGAAGUUCACAUUCAUUGAAUUAGACUUUUAUUCUUCGUAUUUCUUCAGAAGUUCUUGUCAUCUAUGUGGAUGAAAUGUCUCAUUUUAAUUUUGAGAAAACAGUUAACGAAUUAACAAGACUGGAUGGGCCAUUGCAGAAAGCUCCAUUGAUGAGAUGGCAGAGGAAAGCAAAAGAAGCCGAUUUACGACUGACGAUGCCAUCGGCUUCCGGCGAUAUUUCUUGCGUUUUAUCCCCAUCAAAGCCAAGAUCUGCUAAAACCCCAGCAACUCCAUUGAGUGCUAAAUUGUCAUGUCACACAUUUACGCCAUGUAAAACACCAAAAUCAGCUGCAUUAACAAAAACUCCGCGUAAAACUCCAAUGAAAAGUUAUGGGGAUAGGUUCAUCCCGAAUCGAUCAACAACAAAUUUUGAAAUGGGUCAUUAUGCAUUGACACGCAAGAAGGAAAGCACAGUUGUAAACGAGGAGGACGACGAAAGUGAUGUUUAUCAACAACUUUUGAACAGUGCUCUAACAAAUGGGGUAGAUCCAAACAAAGCUAAAAUCCUUUCAUAUAAAGGCAAAGCCCCACCCCAAGCCGAAGGUAUUUCUAACAAUCUGAAAGUUUUGUACAGCUCUGUUAAAUGUUCUGGUCCAAAAGUUAAUCCUACACGACAAGUGCCUAAAGUGCCAGAACGUAUCUUGGAUGCGCCAGAUCUAAGAGAUGAUUAUUAUUUAAAUUUGCUCGAUUGGUCCCACAGAAAUCUACUGUUGGUUGCGCUGGGUAAUGCGGUGUAUCUAUGGAACGCCACUGAAGGCAGUAUUUCUCAGCUAUGCGAGUUACCGUAUGCGGAUGACUAUUUUUCGAGCAUUCGUUGUAUUGAAAAGGGGGAUUAUGUAGCCCUGGGCACUAGCUCUGGAAGUGUGAUGCUUUUUGACAUUGGCACCGAAAAACACAUCAGAACAAUGUCUGGUCAUGCAGCGAGAGUAGGCGCGUUAGAUUGGAACACCUUCAUUCUGUCGAGCGGUUCGCGUUGUGGCGCAAUACACCACCACGAUGUUCGUGUUGCAGAACAUCACGUGGGAACCCUGUCUAGUCAUACCCAGGAAGUUUGCGGUUUGAAGUGGUCACCCGAUAAAAGAUACCUUGCCAGUGGGGCGAAUGACAAUAUGCUAUAUAUUUGGAAUGCGACACUCGGACAUGACAUCAAACCCUUGUAUUCACUUAGUGAACAUCAGUCUUCUGUCAAAGCCAUAUCCUGGUGUUCUUGGCAACCAUCUUUGUUAGCAAGUGGUGGUGGAUUAGCUGAUCGUUACAUCAGAUUCUGGAAUAUGAGCACAGGUACGUGUCUUAAUGCAGUCAACACCCAUUCACAGGUGUGUUCCAUUCUAUGGUCUAAGGAACACCGAGAACUCAUUUCUGGACAUGGCUAUUCACAAAAUCAACUGAGCUUAUGGAAAUACCCUUCCAUGUCAAAGGUCGCAGAUUUAAUGGGUCAUUCAGCAAGAAUUCUCUAUAUGGCAUUGUCUCCAGAUGGUACAACAGUGGCCAGUGCAGGUGCAGAUGAGACAAUUAGAUUAUGGAAAUGUUUUGAAAACAUAAAGCAAGCGAAAGCUCCUGCAAAAACCUCUGGUGAAACGUCCACUCUGAGCAUAUUAAAGAAAAUCCGAUGAGAAAAUGAAGGACUUAUACUUGAGGAGACUAGCUUCAGUAUUAACCUGUGUAUAAAUGUGUUUCGGUCAUUAAAGCUUAUCUAAUAAAAGAGAAAACUACUUUAGUGGAAUCUUUAAUGGUAGAUUCGUGAGAGAUAUUGAUAUUUUCUUAAUAGUCUUCAAGUUUUGUUAUAUAUAUAUAUAUAUAUAUCUCUCCCUCUCUUUGUUAAUCUUUCUUUCAUAUACCAUGUGCUAUUUCCAAUUGUAAAUAUCUUUUUAUAAAUGAGUCCAAAAUAUUCUAUGUCCUUUUCUGUUUUUCACUAUUAUUCUUGUGUGAUCAUAUCCUCAAUAAAGUUAACUCGAUUACUGAUUAUGUUUAUAUAUAUUUUACCAGUUUUGAUUGAUAAAUUUUGGAAUUAAUAAAUCAAUUAGGUGUACUUUCAUUAGUUUAUAAAGGCUUUGUUGUUUAACUCUUGCCUCUCUAUGAAUUCAUGAUAUUCAUGUGAAUGUUUUAAUGAAUAU